AUGUCCGACCUGGACGCCUGUCUGGAGCGCGAUUGGCGAGCCCGCACCCUCGCCUUCUCCACCCUCUUCACGGAUGUCCUUGCUCGUGAAGCCUCGGCGGAGAGGACGAGGCUACACAUGCAACAACAACAACAACAACAACUUCAGGCAAAAGCCCACCAGACUGGCAUCGAGACAACCUCUACGGAGCCCCUCUCGUCAUCCCCUUCUUCGCACUCGCCGGUACCGGCUCACUCUGCCGGUUCACUGUCGACCACGACGGCCCCAACCGUUGGCGCCGCUUCCGUUGCCUCCGGGCUCGGAGGUGACCCACACUUGGCUCGACGGUAUACCAACCCGUCUGGAGGCUCUGGCCUAUCCACGAUCGCCGGUACCGCAGGCUCCACCGGACUCUCCGUCCCCUUUGGAGUCGGUCAACGACGGCCCGUCUCCACCUGCAGCACUGGCUCACCUUCAGGCCAGUCGCAAUGGCCGCCUUCAAGUCGACCCGGUCUUGGCAACAAUGCUGGUACCCUUGGCGCUGGAUCGGCUGGUACAGCCACGUCCAGACAAGCCGUCUCUUCUUCCCCACUGGAGCCGGAUGGUAAGCUGGUGGUGACCACUUUUAUCGCCGACCUCUCCACUCAGGACAGUGUCAAUAAUUGGCUCGCCUACUUUCAAGACAAUGGUAAGCUGUGGCUUGUGUCUCUUCUUCUCCUCGCUCUCACCAUUCUACACAGCAUCAGCAUCGGCAUCAUUAGCACAUUCGUUAGUCUGCUUCUAUGCAUCCUAUUUUAA